GAUUCAUAAACACUGGAGAUUUAUUGAUAGGGAAAUUUGGUCCUCUGCAACUUCAAUUUUCGAUAAUACUUUAUAUAAUGAAGAUGAAAAUGAUAGAGAAAGCGACACCGAAGAUGGAAUAUCUUUUGGAAUGGGAACGAAAUUCUUGUUACAAGAGAAUGAAGAAAAUGAAAUUACUCGAUACUUGGUUAGAGCAAAGUUAUAUUGCAUGGAUCGGAAGCAACAAUGGAAAGAACAAGGAGUUGAAAUUUCGAAACUCAACUUUCAAAAAAAUUAUGAAAAAUCCUCGCGGCUAGUGAUGCGCAUUGAUGGUGUAUUACGAGUAAUUUUGAAUGUUGCACUAUUUCAUGGUAUGAAUGUCGAAAGGUCACAAGAAAAAUUUAUAAGAUUGUUCGCAUUUGAAGAAAACAACAGCACACCUGUUCAAUUCACUAUUAAGCUUCCUAAUCCCAAUGCAGCUAAUGAUAUACAGAGCUAUAAUGGAUGUAAUACUGCCAGUCACCCGACAGAUAUCUUUUCAUCAAAUCGAUGCCGUGGCCUCUCAUGCUUGAGUAAAAAAAAAAAAAUAAUAAUCAUCAAGGAUAUCGCAGAG